AUGGACUGCGCCCGCCUCUGGCUAGGGCUGCUGAUGCCUGCGGUAGCUGCCCUGGACUUCAGCUACCACCACCAGCCAGAGAUGGAAGCGUUUCUGAAGAAUGUUGCCCAAAACUACAGUUCUAUCACUCACUUACACAGUAUCGGGAAAUCUGUGCAAGGCAGAAACCUGUGGGUUCUCGUCGUGGGACGCUCUCCAAGGGAACACAGGAUUGGGAUUCCGGAAUUCAAGUACGUGGCAAAUAUGCAUGGAGAUGAGGCUGUAGGGAGGGAACUGCUGCUCCAUUUAAUUGAAUAUCUUGUAACCAGAGAUGGAAGAGACCCUGAAAUCACAAAUCUAAUCAAUAGUACCCGGAUACACAUCAUGCCCUCAAUGAAUCCAGAUGGAUUUGAAGCUGUUGUAAAGCCUGACUGUUUUUACAAUGAUGGCAGGGAUAAUAGUAACCUCUAUGACCUGAAUAGAAAUUUCCCUGAUGCUUUUGAGCUUAAUAAUGUACCGAGGCAGCCUGAGACCGUGGCAGUCAUGAAGUGGCUGACUACAGAGACCUUUGUCCUCUCUGCAAACCUCCAUGGUGGUGCCCUGGUGGCCAGUUACCCAUUUGACAAUGGUGUCCCAGCCACUGGAACAUUAUACUCUCGGAGCUUAACCCCUGAUGAUGAUGUUUUUCAGUAUCUUGCAAAUACCUAUGCUUCAAGGAAUCCUGACAUGAAAAGGAAUUCAUGUAGAAUUAAAACAGGGUUUUCUAAUGGAAUUGUAAAUGGAUACUCCUGGUAUCCACUGAAAGGUGGAAUGCAAGAUUAUAACUACAUCUGGGCCCAGUGUUUUGAAAUUACGUUGGAGCUGUCAUGCUGUAAAUAUCCUCGCAAGGAGAAACUUCCAAGCUUCUGGAAGGAUAACAAAGAUUCGCUGAUUGAAUAUAUAAAACAGGUGCACAUAGGUGUAAAGGGCCAAGUGUUUGAUCAGAAUGAGACUCCAUUAUCCAAUGUAACUGUAGAAGUCCAAGACAGAAAACAUAUCUGCCCCUAUAGAACCAACAAAUUUGGAGAGUAUUACCUCCUCCUCUUGCCUGGAUCCUAUGUAAUAGAGGUUACAGUCCCUGGACAUGAUCCACAUCUCACAAAGGUGACUAUUCCCCCCAAAUCCCAGAACUUCAGUGCUCUUAAAAAGGAUAUUUUACUUCCAUUCAGAGGGCAACUGGAUCAUAUCUCAGAAUCAAAUCCUUUAUGUCCCAGGAUUCCUCUUUACAGUGAACUACAAGGCCACUCAGCUGCAACAAAACCCAGUCUGUUCUUAUUUUUAGUGACUCUUUUUCACAUAUUGUUCAAAUAAAGCAAAAUGUGAAACUCAACCCCCAUCAUCACUUGGAAUCAGGGAUUAAUCAUGCCAGGUUACUGCAACUCUUAACUCCCUCUGUGGGACCUUGAUUGGAUAAACUCCAUGAUCCUUUCCUAAGAAGAGAAAUGUUUGUUUUCAAAUCCUGCAAUGACCAAUGUACGGUGAUAAUGAAAGGAAUGAUUUAGUCUUAAUGUGGAAGCUACCUGCCCAUCAAGUACUGCUCACUUACACUUAAUCUUGAAGUGGUCUUAGAAAUUUAUAAGAAGUUAAUCUUGAGAAGCUAAAAAAAGUUCCUGCAAGGGAAAAAAAAAAGAACUAAUUUUGU